GAACUAUCGGAAGUGCCUUUUCAGUGUUUUGACAAGUUUUUCGUAUUUUGUGAUUAGUAAAAUUAAUGAAAAUAACUUGUGAUAAUGGAUACAAGGAAAUAUGUAGCUGCUGAUCGAAAGCCACAUCUAAUUCAAUUGUGACCAAAUGAAAUGGGCAGAAAAGAUCCAGGACCCCAAAAGUAUAAAGAAAGUAAUAAAAUUGACACUAGCUUUUGCUUCAAAGUGCUCCAUCAGGAUAAAUAUUGGACUGACCUAAUUUUAAGGCCCCAUCGAAACGAAAUUAUUGCAGGAUAUAAUACCACACCAGGAGAAAAAUUUGCGAUAAGAUAUCCUCCAUAUAAUUGGCAACGAUUUACGCGAAGUAGAAGCGAAAAUGAUUGUUCUAUCCCGCAAUACGAGUACUAUUUGAAGCACAAUUUGUAUAUUAAAAGUGCAGUGGAGACUCAAAACUUAUUAGGGCUUCAAACGAAAAACGUAACAUUUCGGAACUACACUCCCAAAAGUCUAUCUCAAGAAGUCAACAUGGGCAUGUGGAUAUAGACAUUUAAAUUUCUCAAUUCCUGUGAAAGCAUAUUCUGCUUAAAACAAAUUGCAGAAGUUUAAAUUCAGACUUAAAGUUAG